GCCUGAGCUGGUGAGGGGGCCGAGGCUGUGGGGUGGUGGCGGUUGGACUUCGGAAUCUCAAGGACUCCGACUCCUGGCUUGUUCAGAGAAGGGCAGCCUGGGAGCCCCGACUCCUGGACCCCUGGGCCCCGCCUCCUGGGGGCUCUCCGCGCCCCGGAGCAGACGCGAGCGGCGCUCAGCCCUCCUAGGCCCCGCCCCCGGAGCGCCUGGUCCCUCCUACCCCGCAGAAGCCGGAGCUGCCAUGGGGACGCGUAGCCGCCCCGCCGCGGGGAUCCAGCCGCCGCCGGUCUCGGAAUGCGACGUGGAGGUCCAGCCCCAGGGCUAUCCCGAGGAGUCCCGGGAACAGGAGGCCCCCAAGGUACUGGCGGAACCUUCGAGCCGCGGAGGAGCUGAGCAGCAGGCGGAGGAAGAAGAAGAAGUGGGAGAAGGCAGCAGCACUGAGAGCAGCCGCGACGCGCCCGAGGCUAAGCCUCCGACUGCAACGGCGUCCACACCCCACUCAUCCACCUCUUCGGGGGAAGGGGUGCCAGGGGCGGCGCGGCGCCUGCGAGGACAGCAACUGGAGGCAUUGACUCGCGUGGCCCUAAUGGAGCAGCGAGUGAAGGAGCUACAGCGCCAGAGGAAGGAGCUGAGGAUCGAGAUGGAGGUGGAAGUGGCCUUGCUGCGGGGUGAGCUGGCUGGGGAGCGAGUGGCCGCUCGCCGGGAGGAGGAGCAGCUGCGGGAGCUGCUGGGGCAGCAGGCGGCCUCGGAGCAGCGCGGCCGCCAGCAGCGGGAACAGGUCUGUUUGGCUCACAGGGUCUUCAGCAGCAGCGUCCUUCCUGGUUCAUGGAUGUUGGUGUGCUCCUGCGCCCCGGAGUUGUCCCCAUUCCCCAAAGGAAGACAUUUGGGCUCCCGAGUGAGGGGCAGAUGCCCCUCCUGGUUUUCCUCCUCCCUCCCUGGGCAUGAUUUUUGGGGCUCUUCCUUCGUCCCCUGUGCGUUUGCUAUUUAAAUGUGGGUGUGUGAAAAA